AUGCCUUCGGAGGAUGCCUUCGUCUCCAGCGAUUCUGCGGAGUCAGUGACCGAAGGCAUCGAUGCCGUCGCGGUGCCCGUGGAGGGAGAAACCUUGUUGAUCUUGGAUUGCGAAGGUGGCAACAAUGCCAUGGCGGCCAUCCGGAGCCUGGUGAACGUCUUUGGACUUCUCCUCGGGACCCAGGUCGUGUUCGUCGCGAACGGAAUGGCAACCGAGCAGGCUUUGCAGACCUUGGGUGUUUCCCUGGCUGCGCGAUCGCUACUCCGCUUGGACGAAUCGUGCAACCUGCCAGAGCAGGAGCUGGUGUUCGUUGUGAACAAGAAUACCCUCAGAUAUGAGGGAAGUGCCUUGGAGAAGAUUCUGCAGCAGCAGUUCGACGAUCCGGGUCGGCAGGAGCUUCGCGAUACAGUCAGGGAGUGCUUCCCGGACAGGAGCUUCUUCACGGUCCCACUUAUGGGAAUGCCGACUUUUGACGAGUCCGUGAGUGCCUUGCGCUCGCAUCUUGCGGCCCAUCGAAAGCCACUGGAAAUGGGCGGUGUUUAUGUGACUGGCAGGCAUCUUGCCGGUGUGAUGGAGCUCGUGGUGGCAGAGGUGCGAAAGUCCCAGCAGGUGAACGUCCCAUCCAUGAACCGGUAUGUGAUCUACGAAGGAUUCCUGGUGCCAUUAACACAGGACCUGACCGAGUUCGCUCAAUCCCAGCUGCCCGAGCUGUCAGACUACGACCCGCGACUGGAAGAGAGGAGUCCCAUCGAGGGGAGCCUGAAUCGUUUCGACCAGGCAUGCAGCCACUUGACAUGCGAGGCGCUGAAGCGAGAGGCUCGCCAGCUGCUUUCUUCGAAGCUCUGGGAUCUGUGGAGCUGGUUGGAGGCCAAGAACGAGGUGCUGGGGAAUGAGAUCCGGGACUCCGUGCAGGAGACACGCGAGAUUGAGAUCAGCAACGCCAAAGCCCUGGUCGGAGGUGCAGGGCUCCUGCGCGAAGUGGUAGUCACCAAGCAGCUCUUCCGAGAAGAAGGCCCCCAAGAGGAAUCCAAGACCCCCACGACUGCCCCACAAGCCUCCCAGCUGCAUAAGGAGUUUGCGUUCGAUUCCUUGCCUGGGCUGCCAACGCUGCGUGGGUCACUGCUCAAAACCAGUCCAAAUCGCCUGCGAGCAAUGCUUCGUCUCCUUGGAGUUGACCAGCAGCCGCGAGUUUGCGUGGUUCAAGAUGGUCAUUUCAUGUGGUUUGAUGACGAAGGAGUGUCGACCAAAGGUCAAGCCAAGGGCUGCAUCAACUUUCUAGUGCACCGAGCACAGGUACGAAAAGACGUGGCAGUGGAAACGGCUUUCGUGAUCUGUCCUGCAGAGCCACACGGCUGGCGGGAACCGUCGUCUUUCACCGGAGAUGCCCGGCGGGCCUUUUGCUUUGAUGCAUGCGAUGCUGAGACCUGCACUCAGUGGGUCGAGACCGUAGCAGAGCACAUUCGCUUCGGCAACUUGGCUGCCGAGCAGAUGGGUGCAGCGCUGGGAUGGCAUGUGAAGGUCCAGAAACCGAUGUGGUCCCAGCUCGAUAGCGACAUUCAGGGCAAGGACCAUGCCAUGCUUCCAGCAUUGCUCAAAGGGUUGAGCAGCUGCUUGUUUGAGGACUCAACGAAGACCGACCUUGUACGGAGUCCGGAAGAUCGCUGGGCGGCUCCGCCGGCCAAGAAGCCCGUGUUGAACCUGGCGGUGAAGGUCCCGGAUGCAGGCGACAUGUGUUGGGUAGGAGUUACCGAUGAGGGAAGAUGUAUGCGCUUCACCAUGCCAGGCCAGAGGAACGACAAGGCAGCCUUGGCACUCAUCGACCCGGUGAAGGACGUGAAGCCGAAGUAUCCGCCAGGAGGUCACGCCUACGUGUGGGGCGUCACGUGGCCGGGCCACUCUGACAAGUGGGGGAACGAGGAAGCACCCUAUGUUGACUGGGAGGAGGUCGGCAAGGCUUUCAAGGUGUGGAAGGACCUGGGAAUGGGUGCUCCCUUGGAGUAUCUUCAGGGGACGUUUGCCAUCCUCAGCGAGGUAGCCUCCUCCAAGCUCCCGGCGAAGGGCGGCCUCCGCCUCAAAGAGUUGCCGACUUGCAGCUCUCCAGAGAUGUCUGGUGAGGCUGACGAGGAUGCUAUCUCGGAUGCUUCCUUCCAAUCGGCGGAUGAGGAGGAGGACGAGGAUGACCUAAACGACUUCAGUGAAAAUGCUGGCGGCGCAUCCUCGUCGAAGGGACAGGGAGAUGCGCAACCUCCUGGCCUUGAUGACGACGAUGACGAUGGAGGCAAGCGGUGGAACCUGAAACGGGAUGGAGACAAGGCUGGAGAUGCGCACGUGUGGAGGGUGGUUGGGGGUGGCGAUAAGGGUGGAAUCAUCGCUCGAGUAGGCGAAGAUGUGCGUUCUGACUUGGCGGAGGAACGCCUCGCCACCGGGGCCCUCCUCACCGAGCUGGCACAACCGGGAGAUCGGCUACACUUUCGCAAGCUCUGCGGAUCUGGACCUGCGGAAGGAUGGGUAUCGCUUCGGCUUCAGAGCGGAAAAGCGUUGGUUGAACGGGUCCCGGCACUUUGGCGCGUGGUGAGCACGAGCGGCGUCUUAGUUCGCACAGGCAGCAGUACCUCUGAAGAGGUGGUCGGGCGCUUGCUCGUGGGAAGUUUCGUUGAGGAGGAGCAAGUCGCGGGAGGGACACGGCUCCAAUAUCGACUACGUCUCGGUCAGGGUCCUGCAACUGGAUGGGUCAGCGUAUCGCUGCAGCAGAAGGCCCUGCUUCAGCCCGUGCGUGGUCGCAGCCAAGAAAUCUUCGAACUGCUCUCUGACCUGCGGGAUCCAAGCCUCCGUGCGGCACUACUGUUGGCGCAGGGCCUGCAAUCCAAUGAGGCUGAAGAAGUUCUAAGCAGCCUGUUGGACGGCCUUCUCGGUGAAGGCAGCCAGGCAUGUUUUCGCCUUAGGCGCAAGACCUUAAGGGUUCUCGCUGCCAUGGGCGCAUCUGAACAGACUGUCACAACACAAAGACACAUGCUCGUUCUGCUGGCGAAGUCUUUCGCCGACCCCGAUGCCACAGUUCGCUGCGAGGCUGCUCUGGUCGGGCCAAGGGUCUCUAAGAGCCUUGACCUCCCUGAGGCCAGGGACUUUCAAUCUCGAUUCCUUGGGCUCCUACGAGAUCCUUGCUGGCGCGUGCGUUUUCGUGCAGCAUCCUCGGCACGGUGGGACUCGGGACAUUUGGCUCUGACAGAGAUGCUUCCAGAGUUGAUCAAAGACGAGACCGACCCGGAUGUCUUGCACGUAUUGCAGACUGCGAAGGAGUCCUCGGUCGAGAAGGAGAAUACAGAGGAGGAAGACAAAGAAGUGAAGCUUGUGGACUCGACUGGGAUGCUUGAUGCUCUUCAGCCGCGACGCGACUUAUUCUCGCCACGUAAACUACGGAUUUUGUUGGCGCACGGGGCAAACUCCAACUCUGCCAUCAUGAAAUUUCAGAGCCUUCGUUUCAUGAAAGCAUUUCAGGCAGUUCAAGAUGCAGAGUGGAUAUGUCUGGAUGCUCCUUUCAUCUGGCAAGAAGUUGCUGGUGCCGAUGAUCCGAUUUUUCGAGAGCCUAGUCAGCUGGAGAGGACGAUCUCAAAAGGCGAGCCGUUUCGCGGUUGGUAUUCACAAGGGAACGGCUGCUACAACUUUGUUGAUGAGGGGGUCGAUGGCUUUUUGAGCCAGGUUCAGGCACAGGAUCCAGUCGAUGUGCUUCUGUGCUUCUCACAGGGAUCCAACUGCGUGUCCUUGGCCCUGGACAGUCUCCGUCGAAAAGGUGUUCGGAAAGCCCCCUGGGCAUUGACAGUCAUGUUCAGUGGUGGUCAAAUCGACGACCCAAUCUUCAGUUGGCCUGUCGGGUGGCUGUCCGAUCAGCCAACUCUGCGUGUUUAUACUUGCAAGAAUGAUGGUUUCUUCGAGGCAGGAGAGAGGUCACUUCGGGACAUGUACUCAGAUCUUCUCGAGCUUUCGCACGAGGACGGCCAUGCAUUUCCACACUCCGAGCCCCGUGCUGCGGAGAUCUACGCUUGCGCACAGUUGGAGCCCAUUUUCAACAGAAUGGCAGAGGAUCGUGAACACGUAAAGAUCUCCAAGAUGUUCUCGUAUGUGCUACGGCAUGCAGCUCACAAGCUGGAUGUGAGAAUCCGGAAGGAUGGUUUCGUCCGGCUGAAAGACAUCAUGGAACUGAAAAACUUCCGACCGUACAACCUGGAGGAGCUGAUGGCUUGCGUCUACUUCGAUGAGAAGGAGCGCUACACAAUGGUUCGGGAGUUCGAUGGCGAGCUCUUGAUCCGUGCCAACCAGGGUCACACCAUGAAGGUUGUCGAGGACGACCUCCUCCUGGAGCCCAUCACGGACCCCAGUACCGUGCAGGACUGUGUUCACGGCACGUACCUUGUGCAUUGGCCCUUCAUCAAGAAGCAGGGCCUCUCGAAGGUGGCGCGGAACCACAUCCAUCUCGCGCCGGGCCUCCCGGAGGAUGGCAAGAUCCGGGGCAUGCGAUCCACUGCGGAGCUGUUUCUCUACAUCGAUGUCCCGGCAGCCAUGCUGGAUGGGAUGAUCUUCUAUCGCAGCAAGAAUGAGGUCAUUCUCACCCAAGGGUUGGAUGGAUGGCUGCCGGUGAAAUAUUUCAUCAAGGCAGUGAAGAUCAACUACUCCACAUGUGACAUCGAGGAGUUGGACUUUGAUCGGAACGUCAACAUGCCAAACUGGGCUGCGGAGCUAGCUCCCUCCGGCCCGGGUGAAGCAGGAAGCUACAUGGUCAAGAACCUCGAGGCGUUGAUUGCAAACUGCCGAAAGCGAAUGGCCGAGAUCAACGAACUCAAGGCUCAGGUGGAAAAUGGGCAGCACCUGACGGAGGAGGAGCAGUCAAAGGUUGACCAGUACGCUGCGGUCUACGUCGAACUCCAGUCCCUGGAGCAGCGUUUCCGGCAGCACAAGGGAUAUCGCAGGGAGAGCACCCAGGAGAAGGAGCUCCGUGCCAAGGAGGAGGCGGAGGCAGCCACGGUGGUCCAACGGAAGGACAGAGCAGCCACGCCUCCCUGGGAGAAGGGCAAGACGAGCAUCGAGUCCACGGCCUUCAAGGCCACAGACAGAGAAAAGGCUGAAUGGGCGGCCAUCGGUAAGCGACGCGAGACUGCCUUGGAGAAGAAGGAUGACAAAAAAGAGGUGAAGGAGGAUCGCUGGGAUGCUCUUGGUCGGGGCCGGCUGACGGGAAACUCGGCGCCAACGUGCCGAGCUGAGACGAAGACUGUCGAUCUUCCACUGGCGUGGCCUUGGAAUGCCAGGCCGACUGCGGAGAAGGCGCCGCCGCCGAAGCCGCAGACGCCAUCAGGAGGUUCAGAGAACUGGCGCUUUGGCGGGAGCGGUGCCCCUGCGACUCCUUCGGCCGGGACAGCACGACCUGACACGUCCACGUCUGCGUCCGAGAAGCCGCGGUUAAAGCAGAGCCAAGCGGAGAACCGGCGGAGCGGCGAAGCGGGAGCCCAGUCUGAGGCCAGCAGCGAAGCCCUCAGGCCGGGGAUCGAGCGAGAGGAGUGCCAACUUGGCGUCUUACCUUGGCGAGGACCCCCGCGCUUCUUCAACUCCAAGCUGCAGCAGCAGAAGGAGCAGAAGGAGCGUGAAGAAAAGGCAGCAGAGGCCAAGGCUCCUGGCGCGACCGAGACUCUGAAGCUUCACGCUCCACGAACUGGCGUGAUCGACCGGCACCCAAGGCCGGCGAUGGGCCGGGACCUCGGCCUCCUGGGCCUCCGCAGAACUCAAGCGCGCCUCACGCCUGAGAGCGGACGCAGCCGAGGUAUGCAGCUCCACGGAAGUCCACAGGCCAUGAUGCCCAUGAACUCCGGGUGGAUGAGCCAAAUGAGCCCGCAACAGCAACAGAUGAUGAUGCAGCAGCAGAUGAUGCAGCAGCAAAUGGCACAGCAGCAGCAAUCGGGAGCAGUUUCAUUUAAGCCGAGCGUAUUUUUCACUCGCACAGAGUGCUGUGUGCUUCUUCCGCAGGCUGUGGCGGUUGUGGCUGUGGAUGUGGAAGCUGCCAGGGCUGCCAGGGCUGCCAGGGUUGUGGCUAUGGCUGCGGAGGGUGUCAGGGCCAGGCAUGCCAAGGCUGCCAAGGCUGCCAGGGCUGUCAAGGCUAUCAAGCAUGCCAGGGUUGUCCUGGGCAAGGGUGUGGGUGUUGGGCUGGCGGAGGUUGCUGCCAGGGUUGCAGCGGUUGUGGCUGUCAAGGCUGCGCAGGUGGCUGCGCAGGUGGCUGCGCAGGUGGCUGCGCCGGUGGCUGUGCCGGUGGCUGUGCCGGUGGCUGUGCCGGUGGCUGUGCCGGUGGCUGUGCUGCUGGUGGCUGUCGACAGGGUUGUGGAGGUGGCCAUGGAGCCUGCACUGGAUGCAGUGGUGCCACAGGAAAAGGUGGAACGGGUUAUGAAGAUCGCAACAUGCUCCAAGGCGGCCGCCCUUCUUGGAACGAGGAGGACGAGGACCGGUAUGGAGACGAUCAAGGCAGUGGAUGGAAAGGUGGAGAUGCUUGGGGUGGCAAAAAAGGUGCUCAAGGCCGCGGGGCCAACAAGGGCCAAGGCAAGAACAGCGGCGGCGGCGGCCAAGGCAAGGACCGUGGCAAAGGCCGAGGCCGCGAUCGCGACGAUGAAUGGGCGGCGCUGGGUCGCAUGCGGAACGCAGCUGCAGGCUGAGGUGCCUGGACCGUCCGAAGAGAAACGCACGGCCUUGCCUUGUCCUGGCCUGUACAUAGAAGGCUCGAGUUCCAGGGGCUGUCUUGAGAUGGUCUUGGAGGUGCGCAAGGCUGCGCCCGUAACAGCCUCCAAGCAUUUUUUACAUGAUGUGGAACACUGGCCCGGCCCAACAACAGAGAGUUUGCAGGAGGGCCACACGGAAGGCAGCUGCCACCUCCAAAAUAUGGGGCAGGGCUUGCCAAAGGCCGUCACUUCGGUGGCGGUCAAGCGAGUUGGCGGCACGGCCUUUCGAGUUGGUUUUGCAGAGAUGAACGGAUGGCGACCGAGCAUGGAGGAUGCCCACGUCAUCUAUGCCCAAGAUACCUGGGGUUUUUUCGGAGUCUUCGAUGGUCACGGAGGUGACCAGUGUUCUGGUUUCAUAGCCAGACGCAUCAACGAAGAGCUUGCAAAAAGUGGGAUGCCAGAAAGUGACGAAGCUGUUACAGAAUUGGCAUUCCGCUUAGACAAGGAGUUUCUCGACUCCAACCAGCCUAGCGGAUCGACAGGAACGUUUGUCAUUGUUCAAGCGCCAAGCACGCCUGGAGGCGAUUAUCACCUCCGAGUGGGCAACAUUGGCGAUAGCCGUGUGCUUCUGGGGCGGGCUGAUGGUUCGAUCUUCCCUGGGCCUGGAACCGACCGUGGCCUCACCACGGACCAUAAGCCAGACCUUGCGAGCGAAAGAGCGCGGAUUGAGCGCACUGGCGGUAACGUGCAGGAAGUAAUGGGAGUGGCACGGGUGAAUGGAGACUUGGCCGUUAGCCGUGCCUUCGGCGAUGCGCAGCACAAGAACACUGGAGGUCCAAGCCCGAAGGACCACCCGGUGAGCUGUGCCCCCGAGCUUCAGGAGUUCGAUUGUGGACCAACGGAUUUUCUUAUGCUGGUUUGUGAUGGAAUAUCGGAAGGCAGCUUUCCAAACGAGGCCGUUGUCAAAUUGGCAGCGGAGAAGCUGCAGAUUGCUGAGGGCCAACCAGUUGACCCAGCUCAGGCUGCGAUUGCCGUAUGCCACGAG